AUGACAGGUACACUUAACAAAACCAUGAUUCUCGGCUAUCUCGGUGGUGAUCCCGAAAUUCGGAUGACGGAGAGCGGCCGCGAAAUAGCGCGACUUACGGUUGCCACCAACGAGCACUAUACCGAUGCUCAGGGCCAGAGGCAGAAAAACACCGAAUGGCAUCGUCUGGUCGUGUUUGCUGACGGCCUGAUAUCCAAGGUGAUCAAGCCUUAUCUCAAGAAGGGAAGCAAACUUCUGGUAGAAGGUCGCAACGCUACCCGCAAAUACACCGACAAGAACGGUGUGGAGCGCUAUAGCACGGACGUCAUCGUCCGCGGCAUCACCCUGCUAGAUCGUCAGGCAGGCAGCCAGAAUUAA